AGGCGCAUUUACUAGAGGCCAGACCGUUCGGGCCUUUGUUGUUGGGGUGGUUUGGCGGUGCAGCCUCACGCUCACUGUGAGCGCAUCACGUGUCUGUGGAAUGAACGGAACUCAUCCCACGCCCCUUUGUUCAUUCGAGGCAGCCAGCCAUCUGCGGGCACCCGGGUGAUGGCUGUCCUAAUAACCCAGCUCACUGAACACUGCUAGGGCAGUGAUAACCAUGACUGACAUUUAAGGAAGGCAAAGGAGGAUGCCGGGGGCCCUAAAUGGGGAAGGGCUGUAUUCUUGGGGAGCAAGAAUCUGUCGUAGGAGGAGACCCAGUUCUUGAGACCUCUCGCUGCAACUUCAGGGCUAAUGAAAGGCAGCCAGUCUGGUAGCAGCUAGUGCUGGAACAGUACCAUUCACCAUCUGGCCUUUGCACUAACCCCAGAGCACUUAGGAAAGGGGGCAGAGGCGACCAUGGAAAAUUUGACCCACAUGCUUAAGAAAGACUCUGCUCUGUCCCGAGAAAGGAAUAUGGAGGAGGAAGAGGAAAAGCAAGGCAUGACCUCUAGACUUCUGACAACCAGAUCCCAGUCGGUGACAUUCAAGGAUGUGGCUGUGGACUUUACUCGAGAAGAAUGGCGACGCCUGGGCCCUGCUCAGAGGGACCUCUACAGGGACGUGAUGCUGGAGAACUACAACAACUUUGCUUCCCUGGGACUUCCUGUUUUUAAACCAGAUGUGAUAUCGCAGCUGGAGCGAGGGGAAGGACCAUGGACGCCAGAGGUUGAGGUCCCACAAGUUACUUGUCCGGAGUCUCUUGUUCAAAAGAGAAGAUAUGAAACUAUAGACUCAACUUCACAGCAAGACAUCUCUAUGGGAAGAUCAUGCAAGGAGAGAUUAACAAAGAAUGGUCCCUGGAAUUCCAAGUUGGGAGAACCUUGGGAAUUUGAUAUCAGCUUGGAGAGGCAAAAGGACACCUGGGACAAGCAGGCCAAGGAAAUAACAGUCAUUCACAGAAAAACUUCUAAUGAAUUAAGUGCUCAGGAAUGUUAUACAUUUGUAAAAAGGUUUAGUCCAGAGUCAAUCCUUGUUCCACAACAGAAAGUUCCUGCAGGAAAAAUUUUGUAUAAAUAUGAUACACUUGAAAAAAGCCUCAAACAGUUUUCUGAUCUAAGCAAACAUAAUAGAGUCCUCUUAGGGAAGAAGCUUUGUAAAUAUAAUACAUGCAGGAAACCCUUCAGUUACCACUCGGAUCUUAUUCAGUAUCAUAAAAUCCAUACAGGAGAGAAACCCUUUGAGUGUAACGAAUGUGGGAAAGCCUUCAGUCAGAGGGGACACCUUAUUGAUCAUCAGAGAAUUCAUACUGGAGAGAAACCAUUUGCAUGUACUGAAUGUGGAAAAGCUUUUAGCCUUAGGGUAUGCCUUACUCUACAUCAAAGAACUCAUACUGGGGAGAAACCCUAUAAAUGUAAUGAAUGUGGGAAAGCUUUCAGUCAGAGGGGACACCGAACUGAACACCAGAGAAUUCAUACUGGAGAGAAACCUUAUAUCUGUAAUCAAUGUGGAAAAGCCUUUACCAACAACUCAAUCCUACGGAAUCAUCAGCGGAUUCAUACUGGAGAGAAACCCUAUAAAUGUGAUGAAUGUGGGAAAACCUUCAACCAGAGAAGACCCCUUACUGAGCAUCAGAGAAUUCAUACUGGAGAAAAGCCUUUUGAGUGCACUGAAUGUGGGAAAGCUUUCAGCCGUAAGGUUUACCUUACUUUACAUCAAAGAAUUCAUACCGGAGAGAAACCAUAUAAAUGUAAUGAAUGUGGGAAAACCUUCAGCCAGAGAGGAGCCCUUAAACAACAUCAGAGAAUUCAUACUGGUGAGAAACCUUUUGAAUGUACUGAAUGUGGGAAAGUUUUUAGUCAUAGGGUAUGCCUUACUAUGCAUCAGAGAGUUCAUACUGGAGAGAAACCUUUUGAAUGUAAUGAAUGUGGAAAAGCCUUUAGCCAGCAUUCCAAUCUUACUCUACAUGAGAGAAUUCAUACUGGAGAGAAACCCUUUGAAUGUAAUGAAUGUGGUAAAACUUUCAGCCAGUUUUGCCACCUAAUUGAACAUCAGAGAAUUCAUACUGGAGAGAAACCUUUUGAAUGUAAUGUGUGUGGGAAAGCCUUCAAUCACAAGUGGCAACUUACUGAACAUCAGAGAAUUCAUACUGGAGAGAAACCCUUUGAAUGUAAUGAAUGUGGUAAGCACUUCAGCCAUAGGACAUCUUUUAUUAAUCAUCAGAGGAUUCAUACUGGAGAGAAACCCUAUGAAUGUAAUGCAUGUGGAAAAGCCUUCAGCAACAAAUCAAGCCUUUGGAAUCAUAACAGAAUUCAUACUGGAGAGAAACCAUUUGAGUGUAAUGAAUGUGGCAAAGCCUUCAGUCAGAGAGGACACCUUACUGCACAUCAGAAAAUUCAUACUGGAGAGAAACCCUUUCAUUGCAAUGAGUGUGGUAAACACUUUAGCCACAAGACUUCCUUUAUUCAUCAUCAGAGAAUUCAUACUGGAGAGAAACCCUAUGAAUGCAAUGAAUGUGGGAAAGCCUUCAUCAGCAACUCAAACCUCAGAGGACACCAGAGAAUUCAUACUGGAGAAAAACCCUUUGAGUGUAAUGAAUGUGGGAAGGCAUUCCGUCAAAGCUGUCACCUUACUGAACAUAAGAGGGUUCAUACUGGGAAGAAACCCUUUGCUUGUAAUGAAUGUGGGAAAGCCUUUAGCACCAGCUCAACUCUGAGGAAGCAUCUUUGUAAGCAUCUUUGUAAACUUUAAAGCACUAUGAAUAUGUAUGGUGGCAAUGUUGUAAUUAUCAAAUAAGCCAUACUGAAAGAAAACUCUUAAGAUUGUGAUUUUAAAAAGGAUAAUGAUAACAUGUAGUUCAUCACUUAUCAGACAUCAGAUACUUCAUACUGGAAAGUCAAGAUGUCAUUUUGUUACCAGAUACAAUAUUAUUUGGUCCUUUGAGAGAUAAA